AUGAGACACACGGGAGGAGCCGAGGCAGCGACAGGGGAUUCUCGAAUUGUCAUGUCUAAUCCAGACGAGAAGACGUCCCGCAAUUACGAUAUCGAGGCAAAUUUGACAAUUUCCAUUCGAUAUUUAUGCGCGCGAGAGCGAAAACACCGAUCGAAUAGCGAGAACAUUGCCGCGGAACUCAGGAGGAACGUCUUUCGCGAGGCUGACGCAAAAUGUAUCGCGGGAUGACAGCCUGCGGCGCAUCCCGCUGCUUCCUGGAAAGAAGAAGACGAGCGUUUCUCGUCGUCGCGAGUCGCCUCACGGCCGGAUCACCGUGCCGCGGAGGACGGUUCAGACGGUUGACAGUUGUCCUCUCCGCACACCUCCGCACACCUCCGCACACCCCCGUCACAGCGGGUAUACGAUCGACGAGGACAGAAACGGGAUGGAAGAUAGCAGCGGAACGGAGAGUAUCACGUGACCACGAUGGCAUCCGCGCGAGUGCCCGUGAGGGACACCUGACCUGACGACGGAUGGCGCCACCGUCAGCGGGCAAGGCUGGCAAGGCUGGCAAAAGGCUGGCAUCUCACCGGACCCCAAGAGGAGCAGAAGAGAGGAAGGCGAGCACGUUCUGGAAGUGGAGCACGUUGAGUCACAACAAACGACUGCACGGCCGCGACGCUGCGACACUGCAUUUACACUUGGCACUCUCCUAAGCCGCGCCGGCGGCUCGUUUCCAAAUUCCCGGGGACAGUCGACUAGUAGCGCAUAAGCGCGUCAUAUCUGUCUAUCUCUCUGUACAAGGUGUUAAUCAAAAUGGCGUCCAACGAGAGCAGCAAAGAUUCGGUAAAAUCUUCCGUCGGGGAUAAGGUAAAUUCGAUGGCACAAUCAAACGCGGACGAGAAAAAAUCACCAACCGCUUCGCCGCCGGUUGACAGCCACACUGAGCCGAGCGAUACAGCUGCCGAUGCAAAGGAUAAGAAUUUAAUGUCAGAUACAACUGAAUGUAUAACUGUGGAGAAAAACAGUUGUGAAGAUGUAAAAAAUGAAAACAAAGAUGAUUUAAAAUCAUUGGUAGUUGAUGGUAAACAGGAUGACAGUGAGACGGAUAAGAAGCAAGAGGUGCAAAAUGUAGCCUCACUUGCGGAUCCUCAGAGUACAGAUGAAGAGAAGGAAGUUAAGAGAGAAAAUAGCAAAGAUACUCCGGCAAAAGGAGCAUCUGUUUUAAAACGAAAGCGAAAAACCGUAAGCAAUCCACCGACCGCGACGGUGGAAUCUUCCGUGGAGGAGAGCGGCACCAGGAGCAAGAGGAAGAAAUUAAAAGCCGGCUACGAUCGAUUUUGUUGGCGUUGUCACAAGGAGAAGGUCGACGCCUACUGCACCGCCUGUCCACGCUCGUGGCAUCGUAAAUGUAUAGGAGGCAUGCCGCCAUCAUUGGACAAGUGGAUAUGCGGGGAAUGUGCGACCAUUUUGAAAGCGGAAAACGCCGAGACGCGCUCCAUAGCCAUGGCGCAAUUGUCCGUCGAUCAGUUAUGCAUGUUGCUCAAACAUGUGGUUGAGAGAUUACGCGACUAUCCCGGCUCUGAACCAUUUUGCAAACCGGUGGAUCUCACAGAAGUACCAAAUUACCUGGAUUACGUUGUCAAGCCGAUGGACCUAAGUCUUUUGGAAUCGAAUGUGCGGGCUAAGCUUUACGGCAGUACCGAUGCGUUUAUGGCCGAUGCAAAAUGGAUUCAACAUAAUUGUAUCGUAUUCAAUACGUGCGGUGGUGUUUACACGGACACGUCGAAACUGACGAACGCGUCGAAACAGAUUAUCAAAGUGGUGCGUCAGGAAGUCUCGGAAAUCGAGGCGUGUCCCGACUGCUACGCACACGGUCGAAAUUUGCCGAGGCCUCAACCUUCGUGGUUUAUCGAGCCCUGCCGCCGACCGCAUCCCCUGGUGUGGGCCAAACUGAAGGGUUUCCCGUUCUGGCCGGCAAAAGCGAUGCCUCGCGUCAACUCUCAAGGAUGCGUGGACGUGCGUUUCUUCGGCGAGCACGACCGCGCCUGGGUACCGCCGAAGGAUCUCUUCUUGUACUCCGAGGAGCCGCCCGCGCCAUCCCCCCGUAAACGUAAGUCCGACAUGGACGAGUGCGUGCAAGAGAUUACUCGGCACUGCAGAAAACUCGCGCUUAUGUUUGGUCAGUUCAAGUUUGCGCCGGCCAAAGUUCAGUACGAUCCGAACGAUCCGAUGCAGAUACAGCUGAUGCUACCUAAUUACAACCCUCUCGAGCCCAACAAUCAUUUUCCCAAACCCGAAUUUUCCACGCCUCAGAAGAAAAAGGCGCCGCAGAAAAAACGGAGUGUCGUCAGAGGUAAAUCACAGAGCGACGAGUCGGCUGAUAUCGGUGAGAUAGAUCCUUACGCUAGUGAGAAGGAGAGCGAAGGUACUUUAGCGUCAAAAGUACAAAAAUUAGAUACCAAUGUUACGGAUACUUUAAACUCGCAAAUUGAUGUAGAUGAUAGUCAUAGUAAAUUAAAUAAGAGAGCAGAUCAAAUGACUGUAAAGUCGCCACCUCAACAAGUUGCUCAAAAGAAAACGGUAAGAGACGGUAGAUCGAGAAACGCAUCGACGUCUCGAUUAAAUGUUACGCUUACGGAUAAUGCCGACGAAGAUAAUAGCACGAGUCCUGAUACCUGCAGUAGCUCAGAUAAAAAUAAUUUGCCGAAAGCGAAGAAUGAAAAAUCGUCUACGAAAAAUGCGCCCAAGACUGCGACGCAAUCGGUUACUGAAUCGCCUGACGCGAGUUCGGCGCGAGUGCAGAAGAGAACCCUUUUGAAAAAUAUUAUCAAUCCUAAACUGGCGCUCUCACAAAUGGACAACUCGAAGGCUACUACUACUGCUGCUACUACCAAGUAUACGAAAAACAAUAAAGUAUUCAAACCGAAAACGAGAAUGGUCGACAAAAUGAACGCGGAGAAAGAAUUGAAGCGUGCUUCUCCGAGCAAAGAGAACGAGAAACAAUCGAAUUCGAGCAAGGUCAGUCCCAGGAUGUCGUUGAACAGUAACAAGGAAUCGUCGAGUGUACAAAAGAACAUAACUGAAAUCGAUCUGACGCUGUCUUCUACAACGUCCAAAGCUCAUACCAUUCCAUCGGCGAAUGCGAUCGUUCCCAUAACGGACAAGUCUGUGCUACUCCUCGUGGUGAACGGCAAGUCAGCUGAGCCCGCGAAGCAGAUCGCGCCGACGAUCGACUACCAGGGCAACAAGGAUGCGACAAAGGAGGGGCAUAAUAAUUCCCCUCCAAAGAAGCAGAGCAAAGCUAGAAAGAGUUUCCCUUGCAGAUUACACAAUUUACAAAAUGUUCAACGCUUGUCGGAUACAGGCGGAAUUACUACUCAGGUAUCUCCUGUUAACCAUGAAACGUCAUCCACGUAUCAGCUGCUACCGCCGGAAGCCGGACCGAUUAGCGCGCGUUUGCACCACGAUGCGCACGCUCUCGCGAGAAAAAUGGGCCAUCUGAUGGAAGAGGCGUACAAGGAGGCGGCCCAGGAAAAUGUCAACGGCGACAACGGUACCGCUGACAGUUACCAGGCGACCGUAUUCUUCCUGCGGAUGCAGAUCGAACAUAUCAAGUGGCAGCAUCAGCAGCAGCUGGCCGAGUUGAAACACAACGCCGAUCGUACCCUGCGUGAGAUGCGCGCGAGUUUGGAAGCGGAGAAAUUACGAGCGGUCGAGGAGGCACGCAAAGAGAUCGAGGAGGAGAAGAUCCGGUGUGUCGAGGAGACCAAGCGAAAGCAGUGGUGCGCCAAAUGCGGGCAGGAAGCGAUGUUUUACUGUUGCUGGAACACCGCUUACUGUAAUUACCCGUGCCAGCAGUCGCAUUGGCCCACGCACAUGCGAACGUGCUCUCAGCAGUCUGCAUAUGCCACCAUUGUCAAUUCGGGGGCAAAUUCGAAUUCGCAGCAGAGUAAUAACGUCGUGACACAGGAUUCCACGAGAAAGACGUACCUUUUAUCGCCCAACAAACUAAGUGGGAUCCCACCGUCGUCUGUUUCGUCCCUUAGAAAUAAAGCCAGUCAAGAUGCGCUCUAAGCAAAUCACUCAAUUUAUUUAUAACUCAAUAUCGGCGCGAUUAGGAUGAAAAGAGUUUCGGUGCUACUGCGUAGUAAGUAAAUUCGUAUCUGCGAACAAUCAGCAAAUUUUGAUUUUUCAACUACACCGAGACGUUUACUUCUUACAUAAAACUGUGUAUGUAAUGCGUAGGUAAUUUUUUUUUUUCUAGAAAAUAACGCGAUGUAAAUAAUUGUAGCCUUUCAAUUUUUCAUGUCAAAUUGAGACAUUAAGUUAAUGCAAGUAAAGACAUGAAGAUAAUGCAAAUUUCGCGUUAACAUUUGUAAUAAACAUACAGAACUUUAAUUUAAUUACAAUAACACUUUAGUAGUUAUUAUUAUAGGAAAAAUACGAAAGACGUAAUAAACUACGCUUAUAAAAGAAAUGUUAGAUAUCUUUAGAUAUGUGAAUAUCGAUAAUCUCUUAUGCGAUAUGAUGAUUAUACAUAUUUAAUAUGUUUAAGCAAUUGUAAUAGUCUAUUUGUUUUGGAGUUUGAUUAGGUUACUUUUCUGUACAAGUUUCUUAGUUCCUCUACAGAUGCACUUGAAAAACAGCGAGAUAAGAGAUAAAAAUUAUUUUUUCCACAUAGCUUCAUGAUGUAAACAUGCUUUUGAUGUAGGAUAAUCGGCAUUCUUCUAAAGAACAUGAUGAGAGCGUUAAGAAAAAAUUUAUUUUCCAGUUAAAUCUGAUAAGUGUAAAUAUAAAUUUUAUUUAAACUUAUCAAUAGGUUUAAAUAAAUCAGUAAGCAGAGA